AUGUCGCCCAGUCACCAGCAUGAUCAGCUCAUUGAGCAAAACCCUUUCGCGGAAGAAACCCGCAGUCAAACAUCAUCUCAGGAUGAUGCGGCUCUUCUGAAAACAAUGGGCUACAAGCCAGUCCUGCAUCGGACAUACACAUUCUUUGAGAACUUUGCGACUACAUUCGCUGCGCUGUACUUUAUUGGUGGUGUGCGCGUCACCUUCAGCACUGGUAUAGCGGCUGGAGGAAAUCUGGCUUACUGGACGAGUUACCUGGUGACCAUGGUUUUUACUUUCAUCACUGCCGCCCUUGUUGCAGAGGUUUGUUCGGCUUCGCCUUCGGCCGGAUCAAUCUACCUCUGGGCUGCUGAGGCAGGUGGUCCCAAAUACGGUAGAUUGCUUGGAUUCAUCGUCGCGUGGUGGUCAACCACUGCGUGGACAACUUUCUGCGCCAGUAACACGCAGUCGGCGACAAAUUACAUGCUUUCGGAAUUGACGGUAUUUGAUGUGGACUUCCCCAAGGAUACCUCGAGCGUCAAAUUUCGCGCUGUGCAAUGGAUCGUCACCGAGAUUCUCCUCGCACUCGCGGCCAUACUCAACUUCAUGCCGCGUAAGCUUUCUUCAUCCUUUAGUGAGCACGAACUAACCUCAGCAGCCAAAUAUUUCAGAUACGUCUUUUGGUUGUCGUCCGCAGUCGUCAUGCUGGACUUCUUCCUCAACGUCAUCUGGCUUCCGAUUGGAGUUGCCAACACCUGGGGCUUUAGGACUGCCGAGGAAGCCUUUAUGUCCACGUACAAUGGCACCGGCGCGCCUGCAGGUUGGAACUGGUGUCUCUCGUAUCUCGCCACUGCCGGUAUCCUGAUCGGAUUUGACGCCUCUGGCCACGUCGCGGAAGAGACAAAGCACGCCAAUAUUACCGCUGCGCGCGGUAUCUUCUGGAGCACCGUGGCAAGUGGAGUUGGCGGUCUCGCUACCAUCAUUCUGUUCCUCUUCUGUGCACCCACUCCUGAUAAGCUCUUUGAGUUUGGUUCCCCACAGCCGUUCGUUCCUCUCUACGCUGUCGUUCUUGGUAAAGGCGGGCACAUUUUCAUGAACAUCAUCUGCAUAGUUGCUCUCUGGCUGAAUACCGCGAUCGCGAUCGUAGCCUCAUCCCGUCUUGUCUUCGCUGUCGCACGUGACGGUGUCCUCCCCUUCUCCUCCUGGGUCUCCAAGGUCCAUAACGGUCAGCCCCGCAACGCAGUUAUCGUCGUCUGGGCGGUCGCAUCCAUCAUCACUUGCACCCUGCUGCCGUCCGACGUGGCGUUCACGUCCCUCGUCUCGGCAGCCGGUGUCCCUUCUGCCGCAGCUUACGGCCUCAUCUGUCUCGCGCGUCUCAUCUGCACGCCCAAGCGCUUCCCCAAGCCCGCGUGGAGUCUCGGUCGCCUCUCCAAGCCAUUCCAGGUUAUCGGAGUCUUGUGGAACGGUUGGGUCGUUGCAGUUCUGUUCUCACCGUACGCCUUCCCCGUUACCGGCGAAAAUCUGAACUACGCACCCAUCAUCAUGGCCGCCGUUACCAUUUUUGCGCUCGUCUCGUACUUCGUUAUGCCGGAAGAUGCGUGGUUGCCUCGGGACCGCAUUUCGAAUUUUGUUGAUAGCAAGGGUGUCGUUACUGAGACGGUGGAAGAGGUUUCUCGGGUUUCGAGUCAUCAGGCUGCACGCGACACCGACACCGGCGAGCCUGGAACGCCGAAGUACCCCAUCGAAGGUUAG